AUGGCUUCCUCAACCCCAGCCGCUACGAGCGACAGCGGCCAGACCGAGCAGACAAUUCACAAGAUACCCGACAUCCUUCCUCGCGAGCGCGUAUUUCCUAUCCAGAUAGGCGGCGAGCUCUUCAAGCUCUCCGGCGCUUCCAUCUCAUCCGACGCCCCCUCCUACUUCUCGCAGUAUUUCUUGUGCCAAAUCAAAACGGCAGAGAAAAAGGGGCAAGAUAUAUCUUCCAGUAUCCGCACCCUGUACAUCGACCGCGAUCCUGUCACCUUUGGCGACAUAGCCCUGCACUUGCAAGGCUACCAUCUCCAGCCCCGCGAUGGCACCCAUUUCGUGCGCCUCUUUGCUGAUGCCCAGUUCUACAACUUACCGAAGCUCAUGUCCCAGCUGUAUGAGGAAAGCAUCUUCAUUUCGAUCGGGCACCGCGAGUUCCAAAUUCCACGCGACGUUCUUACCGACCCUGGCAACUCUCCCAACUACUUUUCCCUGGGCUUCGGUCUGAUGUUCGCCCGACGCGACGAAGUAUUUCCUGGUCUCGAUCGCGAAGGGCUGAUACGACCGCCCUCUAUCCUACCCCCAAGUGUUUCGAACCGAAGCGCGGAUACCUUUGCAGAGCUGCUGCAUCUUCUACACGGAUAUCCCGUGAAUAUACGGGACGAGACCCAUCGCGACGAACUGCUGCGCGACGCGCGAUACUUCCAUUUCAAGGGCCUCGAACAGAAGCUGAUUCCCCACUCCAUCAGCUUCAACUCACUCAGGGAGCGCAACGAAAUCGUUUUGCGACUGGAAAAUGUGCAGAAAAGCGGAGUUUACAUCGUUCACGACCGAGCCGAAGAGAUGAUUGGGGAAGGUGGUAUGGCUGAGUUUGACGAGUCCCUGCCCGGCUGGAUCAACUAUGCGCGACCAUAUGUCGAUGACACCCCGGCCGAGCUUGUCCUUGAAAUCGGAGGCGAGAAAACUCGUCUUCAUUUUACGAGCAAUGGCCCGCGGGCCGAAUUCUUUGGCGACACGCGAACCAGAGUGUCCAAGCUCUUCGAGGUCAUUGCGACGAAGCUCGGCCUGCCCCCGACGACGCAGCCCCUGGGCCUCCUCAUGGCAUCCGGCGGGGCCCGAUCACUGCCGGCGGCGCCCGGUAACACGCCUCUGAGCGAGGACCUUGUCAAAGUCAAACUUGGGCCCGAAGCUGCCGUUACACUGGACGGACAAGACUACACAUACACUCACCCGCCUUCGGCCGACAACGCCGACUCCGUGACCAUGAACUCACGCAAACGCCGGCGCGGGGACGCCGCUGCCUCGGAUGAACAGCAGGAGGGGGAACAGUGGACUAUAAAGCGUGGGCAAUGGAGGCUGCGCAUUCAGCGCAGCACGCAUGGAAAGAGCAAUUUUGAGUGCGCAAUGGAGGCGGUGUGCUUGGAUGCCUUUAGCUCUGAGCUGGGGCGGAAUAAGAGGAGGGGUUUUUUGAGCGGCUAG